AUGACCACCGCGGCGCCCAGUUGCCCAACGACCGCCCCGCCGUCGUUUGGGAGCAGGUUACGCCGUCUGAGCCAGCGACGGCCUCCAACACACUCCAACACCAGCAGCUCGUCAGCGCCCAGCAGCCACCGCUCGUAUCGCAAGCGGUUGAGCUGGGUCGUCGGCCGCGCCUCGCACACGCCCGCGGCUCCAGAAGACCACCACCACCACCACCACGACCAUCACCACGCAGAGUCGUCGCUCCAGCAACAGGAAAACUCCGACCUGCUGCACGCAGAGCUCGCUCGCAGUCCCUCGGCGGAGCUGGAAUCAUCCUCGCAGCGGUACAGCGUGUUCAGUCGCUCGGACGCUGAGAGCAGUGAAUCGUCUACUUCGGAGGACCGGCCAGAGCAGCAGCAGCAGUCUAUACCGUCUGGCCGUCUGCCCGCGAGAGAGAUGAUGGCUCAGGCUCUGAAUAUGACUCCGGCGGCAGAGUCAGGCCAGCAGCAGGAUUCUUCUUCGUCUUCACCGCCGGAAACGAGCAGAGGGAGCGAACGGCCUCCUACAAACGAAAACUACGGUCCUACAUCUAGAGCGGGCAACGCUCCAGCGCCAGCAGCAGCAGAGACAUCAGAAAUAUCAGAGACAUCUACUUCUCAGGCCAACUCGACUGGCCAGCAGCAAUCUACUAUCCGCUUCUUCGCCUACCAAGACCCCCACCAGAACUCGAGGCCAUCCCUCCCCUUCACUCCCAUGACACGAACCAUCACAGACGAGGCCAGCAUUAUAAAAGUAGGCCGGUACUCGGAACGAGACGGUGUGCCGCCUGAAAACACCCUAGGUCCAUCAGCUGCACCUGUAGGAUUCAAGUCCAAGGUCGUCAGCCGGAAACACUGCGAGUUUUCCUUCAUCGGCGGGCAGUGGCAUAUCAAGGACGUGGGGAGCUCGUCCGGGACGUUUCUCAACCAUAUGCGCCUCAGCCAGCCUAAUGUGCCGUCGAGACAGUACGCCGUGAGAGAUGGGGAUAUCGUACAGCUUGGAAUCGACUUUAGAGGCGGUGAGGAGCUGAUCUUCAGAUGUGUGCGCAUUCGUAUAGAGUGCAACAGGAUGUGGCAGCAGAGAGCCAACGAGUUCAAUAAAAACACCGAAGCCCUGAUAAAUAACCUUGGGAAGGGCUCUACAGAUGCCACAGACUACGAGGGAUGUAGAGAAUGCUCGAUAUGUCUCGGUUCCGUCUUGAGACCGUAUCAGUGCCUCUUCAUGGCCGCCUGCGCUCACGUCUGGCACUACAAGUGCAUCCGCCGCCUCAUCCACUCUCCCGAAUAUCCCAUGUUCCAAUGCCCCAACUGUCGAGCAUACACAGACCUAAACGCCGAGGUCGACGAUUCCAACGAUUCGUACGAAGAAAACAUCAAACCUACCGCCAACGCCCAACGACAAACCCCAUCCCACUUCCCUCCACAAGCGAUCGAAAACACCGCCAGCAACUCCUCUAGAGCUAAUAACAACUCAAGCACCACCCCACCCAUUGUUUACACCCACACGGAGACAGACGGGACCCUGGCUGCUGCUACAGGAAACAUGACACUAGAGUCUGACCCUGAACCGGAACCAGAACCCGAUCUCGAACCGCCAGAACGCGUAGAUAGAGAACUAUAUCAUCCGGCCAUGCAGGACCCGUCAGAGUCAGCCAUGGCCAACGACGUCCAACGCAGCCCAAACAUCGACAUAUUAUCUCCAAGCUCGACUCUCCGGGCAGGCACUGGGAGAAGGAGGGUGCCGGACAGUAGUAAUCGAGACACGAUAUUCGUCGAAGAUCCGCUCACACCGAGAAACGAUACUGGCUUACUUGCUCUCGACGGCCGAGCUGGACGGCUCUGA